AUGAGGGCUAUUUACCUUGGCUUCGCAGUGGCUUUAUGCUGGACGGGUGUCUUCGGCAGUAGCCCGUCAGACAGAAACUUAGCUGAGAGACACCGACUCGCAUCUUCGAAUGGCCCGCAUCGCCACCGCUGGGCCAGCAGCAACUUCGCGGCGCUCGGAUUGCGACAGGCUACCGGUCAAUGCGGAGCGCAGUAUGGAAAGUGUACGGGAGAUCUCUGUUGCUCCGAGUACGGCUUCUGCGGCGAUUCGGCCGACCACUGCAACCCGCUUUUCAACUGCCAGCCAGAGUAUGGCAGCUGUGGGUGGCCACGAACAUCCUCCUCCGCAAUUCCCAGCACUUCCGCUCCACCAACUAGCACCAGAAGCAGUAGCAGUGUGCCAACGAGCACCAGCACAAGUGUUGGUGGGACCACCACUUCCGCGUCUUCAACCAGCGACCUGCCUCCGACGUCGACGUCUAGCAGCGGACCGGCUCCCACAGGAGGCCAGCAGGUAACAACUGAUGGCAGGUGCGGCAACAGCACCAUCUGCAUCGGCAGCUCCGACUUUGGGCCUUGCUGCUCCCAGUUCUUUUGGUGUGGCUCAAGUGUAGAGUUUUGCGGUCCCGGCUGUCAGGGCGACUUUGGGGCGUGCUUGGGAAACCCGGGCAUCCCUGGUAACCCGCCAACAAACGGCACGACCACCAUUAGCUCAACAACUAGUUCAAGCACUGCUGGACCAACCUCUUCGAUUCUGUCCACGACAGAACCGCCCACAACGACGUCUUCGGAAGCUCCUCCCACGAGUACCUCAUCGUCCCCGCCUGAGGUGUCACUACCCCCAGGCCAAACACCAAGCACCGACGGAAGGUGUGGCAAUGGAGUCAACUGUCUCGGAUCGACGUAUGGACGAUGUUGCAGUCAGUUUGGGUACUGUGGAGAUGGCGAUCAAUUCUGCCCGCCUAUCGUUGGUUGCCAGCCCGAUUUUGGGUACUGCGAAACAUAG